AUGCGGGUCAUGAACCAGUUGUUUAGGCCCUUUAUUGGCAAGUUUGUGGUGGUUUAUUUUGAUGAUGUUCUUAUUUAUAGCCCUAAUUUUGAUGAGCAUGUCAAGCAUGUACGGCAGGUUUUGACCUUGCUCCGAAGGGAUAACUUGUAUGCAGCCAAAAAGAAGUGUGUCUUUAUGGUCCCUAAGGUCCUGUUUUUGGGGUAUGUUGUUUCUGGUGACGGAAUACAGGUGGAUGAAUCCAAGGUAGCGGCUGUUAAGCAGUGGCCAACCCCCACUACAAUAACUGAAGUACGUAGCUUCCAUGGUCUUGCUUCAUUUUAUAGACGGUUCAUUCGAAAUUUCAGUUCCCUUAUGGCACCAGUGACUGACUGCAUGAAGGGAAAGACCUUUAUAUGGACUGAGGAGGCAGAAUCAGCUUUUCAGUUAAUCAAGGAAAAGCUUACAUCAGCACCAAUUCUGAUUUUGCCAGAUUUUUCUCGGGUUUUUGAGUUGCACACAGAUGCCUCGCAGGGUGGUAUUGGGGCAGUCCUAAGUCAAGGGGUUAUAGCACUUAUGAUCUUGAAUUUUAUGCAGUUGUCCAGGCUCUGA